CCAUUUAUCAGUCAUAAAGAAUUUUAAACAUGCAAAAAUCAAGCUGAAAAUAGAUAACUACAAAUGAAAUCUUCAAUAAUCAGCCUACAACUUAGCAUAACAUGGCCCAUAUUACUGUUUGGUGAUAUCACAUACUGCUUAAUUAUGUGACUUAACUAUGUUUAAUUAUUUAGUUUCUCGAUUUGAGUUUUUAAGAAUUUGAAAUAUUAUAAAAUAAGUUUAGGUCAUUGUGCAAUUUUUAAUAUGUGAUUAUUGAUACUAGUAACUUUUUACUAGGUCUUAUCUGUUUUUAAAUUCUAAGACUAAAUAUGUCAGACCUAUUGGUGGAUAGCCCUCCGAACAAGAGGCCAAAGUUGGAAGAUCCAUUCCAAGGGUCUUCUGACUCAUCUGGUGUCUAUUCUAGCAAUGAGAUGUUUGAUCUCGAGAAUGAUCUCCCCGAUGAGCUUAUUAGCACUACGUCUUGGAACCAACAACCUGAUAUCAAGCAAAAUCUUGGUCCUCAAUUACCAUUGCAAAAUGGUAUGAUUGUUCAGCAAAAUAAUCCUCAACAACUUCAGCAACCUAAUAUCCAACAACGACUAGUAGUCAGUCAAAAUCAGUUAGCCCACCAUUUUAUGGGUACUAAACAUCUUGUGUCAGGGGCUGGAAUGUCUAUGAAUAAACCAAUUAAUCCAAACAUGCCAUCACCAAAUGUUUUAGUUAGUAAAACUGGAGAGCCAAUGGUAGUUAAUAUGGGAAAUGCAGGCAUAAAUUCCAACCAAUUACAAAACAGUAUUAGUGGAAUAAAUGUGGCAAAUGUAAAUAUUAUGAUGGGAAACAAUUUGGUUAGUAACUCCAUGCACAAUCCUCAUCAUGGCAUAUCACAGCAACAACAAAAUGGACCUAUGAUGGGAAGGAACAUAGCCAUGCAUCAUCCACAACAAAUUCGUAAYCAGACUCCUCAUCAACUUCAUAGUUUGUCAAUUAAUUCUCAUAGGUUACAAGCUCCAAUGGGUGCAAUGAGUCCAGUGAAUAAUUUCAAUGCAUACAACCAAAAUAAUCAACAAAUUAAUGUAGUCCAACAACAACCAAUUGGUAUUGUACGGCAACAAGUACCGAGAUUUAAUGCCAAUACUAAUGGAAUGCUAGUGGAUACUCCGGUUCCUCCCCAGUCUCAAACAAAUGUACGUCUCGGACCACAGCAAGUUAAUAUGGUCAAUCAAAAUGUAGUUGUACCACCUCAAGGAGUCCCCGCCGACCGUAGUCAAGCAAAUCCAGAGAAACGAAAAAUGAUAACCCAACAGCUUGUUCUAUUAUUACAUGCUCAUCAAUGUCAAAGAAGAGAUAAUCAAGCUAAUGGUGAAGUGAGACAGUGYCGUUUGCAACAUUGUAAUACAAUGAAAGGGGUCUUGGCUCAUAUGACAAAUUGCAUAGCUGGUCGAAAUUGUAAUGUAGCUCACUGUUCAUCGUCUAGACAAAUAAUAUCACAUUGGAAACAAUGUACUAGACCAGAUUGUCCUAUUUGCCAACCAUUAAAAGCAUCAAAUAAUCGCAAUGCUUUAGCAAAUAACAAUACUCAAAAUACUACUGGAAUGAACGAUAUGAAUUGUUAUAACACUGUAAAUAAUCAAGUGAACCAAGUACAGGGAGUCCCUAACAAUGUUGGUAUACGAACGGCUUUGCAAUCUCAAAUGCCACAUCCUCCUAAUAACAAUGUGCUGACACCUAAUCAAAACACACGAGUAUUAGUUCCACAUUCACAACCCCAGGUAACAACUACAAUGAGUGCAGAUCCCAGCACAAGUACUGUUAAUGAAAUGCUGCAGUCUGCUUCGAACACAACUGUACCUGUUCCAUCUAGCAUUCAACAACCUGCGACAAAUAUACCUAAUUCUUUCAUAAUGACAACUAGUACCGACACAAUGACUACUCAGAUGAACAAUCAAGCACAACCAACUCAAUCAAUGCCAGGAAAUCACAUUGAAAGUAAAGAAUGGCAUGAGUCUAUUACACCUGAACUACGAAAUCAUUUAGUGCAUAAAUUAGUUCAAGCAAUUUUCCCAACAUAUGAUCCUAAAGCAAUGCUUGAUAAACGUAUGAAUAAUUUAGUGGCUUAUGCUAGAAAAGUUGAAGGUGAUAUGUACAAUGUUGCUAACUCUAGGUCGGAAUAUUAUCAUAGGUUAGCCCAAACAUUUUAUAAAAUACAGAAAGAGUUGGAAGAAAAAAUGCAAAAGCGAAAAGAACAACAACAAAUGCAACAGCAGCAAAUGGGGACUCCUCAGCCACCAACAAGUAAUAUCAAUGCACAGUGCUUCCCAACUGCGUCUACACAAGGAUUGCCUAAUCAGCAGCAACCACCACAAUCACAGCAGCAACAACCUUUACAUCAUACUCCAAUUCAACCUAACCAGCAAAAUUUACCACAACAACAAGUAGUAACAACCUCUGGUUUAAUGAAAACACAGUUGACAGAUAGGGUGCAUUUUCCAAUCACUUCACCUGUACCUGGACCAAGUCCAAAUACAAAUUUACCACAAACUACUUUUGGUUUGACCCAGCCUCCUGCCCAAAGUCCAAUCAACACUAGUCAGUUCCCAUCUAACUCACCUAUGAUGUCAAACAUAUCUCAAUCUUCGUUCGCUCAACCUCAAUUUUCAAAUCAAUCAAUGAAUCAAAUACCACAACAAAUACAUUUACAACAACAAGUUCAACAGCAACAACAAGUGCAACAGCAACAACAAGUGCAACAGCAACAACAACAAGUUCAGCAACAGCAAGUACAACAACAACAACAAGUACAACAACAAGUUCAACAACAACAACAACAACAACAACAACUCUUGAACAAUCAAAUGUUACAACCAAAUAGACUUAAUCAAAUGAACAUGGACAAAAUGGUUAAUGGACCUAGUUUGAUCUCCAAUACUACUGUGCCAUCUACUACAAGUGUACCUUCAAUGAUGCCCAAUAGUAUGGGUAAAGGAUAUCCUAGAUCAGAACCAUCAUCAAUUAGUCAUUCGAGUCAAAUGAAUGCUAUUGCUUCUGCUUUAGCACAAGAUGACUCUCCCAAAGACGUUAAAGGAGAAGUAAAAGACGAGUAUGACGAUAGUAAUGACGGAAAAGGCGCAUAUGGAAAAGGUAAAAUGAAUUCUGAAACACCCUCGGUAUCUAUAAAAACUGAGAUCAAACAAGAACGAGAUGAUAAUACUUUAAAUUCAAAGAAAAUGGAAGUUAAUGUUAAAGAUGAACCUAUGAGUCCUAAAUCAAACAUCACUACAGAUAUUAAACCGUUUGAACCAACUACAUCAGACAGUAAAACAGCCAUAAAGAAAUGUGUAUUUAGGCCUGACGAACUUAGGCAAGCCCUAAUGCCUACUCUUGAAAAGUUAUACAAACAAGAACCUGAAUCAGAUCCUUUUAAACAGCCUGUUGAUCCUCAAGCGCUUAAUAUACCCGACUAUUUUAUAAUCAUAAAAAAGCCAAUGGAUUUAUCAACAAUUCGAGAAAAACUAAAUACUGGUCAAUUUACUGACCCUUGGAGUUAUGUUGAUGAUGUUUGGUUAAUGUUUGAAAAUGCUUGGCAUUACAAUAAGAAGUCUACAAAAGUGUAUAAAUCAUGUACAAAACUUUCAGAAGUUUUUGAACAAGAAAUUUACCCUGUUAUGAGAAGUCUUGGUUAUUGUUGUGGUCGUAAGUACACAUUCAAUCCACAAGUACUUUGUUGUUUUGGAAAACAAUUGUGUACUAUUCCAAGAGAUGCUAAGUACUUCAGUUUUGAAAAUAGAUAUAUUUAUUGUGUUAAAUGCUUUAAUGAUAUACCUGGUGAUGCUGUAACAUUGGGCGAAGACCCUACACAAGCCCAACAAGUAAUUAAAAAAGAACAAUUUGUGGAAAUGAAAAAUGAUCAUCUAGAAUUGGAACCAUUCAUAUUGUGUACUCAUUGUGGAAGAAAACUCCAUCAAAUAUGUGUGCUGCACAAUGAGAAUAUUAAUCCACAAGGAUAUGUUUGUGAUAAUUGUUUAAAAAAACGUGGUGAAAAACGAAAAGAACAUAAAUUCAAUGCUAAAAAAUUGGCUAUUACAAAAUUAGGUACAUAUAUUGAAACAAGAGUGAACAAUUUUCUUAAGAAAAAAGAAGCAGGCGCUGGUGAAGUAGCUAUUCGU